CAUAUAUUGGCCUCAAUGUUUGUGAUUGGUAAUCUUAACUCCAAACAUAAGACACUAGGUGCGCGUACACUAAUCAAUACAGCGAGUAAACUGUGGUAGGCAGUAACAAACUAGACUAACACCGUCCUGGACGUCUGUUCGUUAACUAAUUGUAUAUUAGAUAAUAUGUACUAUGCAUGCAGAGAUUGAAAACUAUUGGAUUUAAAUUUCGAUUUCUUAAACCUAGACGACUAAUGGUUAAUGAUGAGCUUCCGACGACCGAAGGAUAAAAAAGGUACACUUGUGGGUGAGAAAUCACAGGCGGUAUACUCAGCCAACUGGAAACUGGAUACACUACUUAGUAAAACACUUAACAUGCUGGACACGUCUAAGCGAAGGGUAUCGCACAGUAUUGCGAUAGACCAGAGGAUAGUGAACAAACGCUUUCAAACGAAACUUCAUCAAUCCAAGAUAUACAAUGCAAGAAUGACUGAGAAUCGGGAUUUGUUAAGACAGCUCACGCAUCGAGAUAACUUCAGCUUCAAUACGUCUGUUGGCCAAGACGAUAAGUAUACUGUCAAGCUAACUUCCCCUCCUAACAGAAACGUAGCUUCUGCACCGUCGAGAUCUCAAAGAUCCAGACCUGUGUGUCAAAGAAGACGACCUAAGACUACUGGUGUUAAUGGGAAUAAUGUCGAAGUUAUGGACUGUGAAGCUUCAUUAAAGAAAGCAGCUGCUUUGAAGGCACUGCAACAGCGGCUUUCAUCGUCGAGAGCCACUUCAUUUGUAUCGAAGACCCAAGCCGACGAGUCAUCGCAUCUUUCUAUCUCAUCUGGUAAUGAUCCUGCUGCCAAAUGUAUUAAUACUUGUGAAAAGAAAAAGGAGUCUCAUGAGGCUACACCUGCGCAAAAUGAUCCUAUUCAAAAUGAUAUUAGAAUACAUACCGAGGAAAAUCCCGGCGAAAAUAGUUAUCAGGACACUGAUAUCUCCGUAAUAACUAAGUUGAGUAAGAGACCAGGAACAUCUAUCGCUAGAUCAAGAAGGAAAUCAUUGGAGACGAGAGCCUUCAUCAGGGAUGCUGCUGUUGGGUCUAAAAGUGAUGGUCACUCAACAAACGAAAGGCCUAGAACAGCUUCUUGUUCCGUGUCUAAAAAAAAUCUUCCAGAAACACCUAUCAAUAGGCCUAACACUGACAAAUUAGCAGUGAAAAUGUCAACAGUUUCUAAUUUGGAUUUGAAUUGCAUAGCAGAGAAGAAGGAACCAACCGAAAACAGUCAUCGUUCUUCAGCAGCUCAACCUAAAAUUACACAUAGUCAAACGGAUGGAAAAAUGAUAGAUGAGUAUGUUCCAAACACUGUGUUAUUAGAAGAAUCAAACAUUACACAACUCGAAAAAUUACCAGACUCUAAAAUUAAUCAACAAAAACAAAACAAACUACAUAUAAAGAGAAAAUCGGUGUCUAAACAAGUUAUACCGAGUAUUUUUGGUGAGGAACGGAAGGUAACAAUAUUUGAUGUGAACAAAAAACGAAUAGAAAAUGCUAAAUUCCCAAAUCGUUUUGAUAAUUUCUUCGACAGUUUAAAGGGGCUUGAGAAUGAUCAAGAUUAUUGCGUUGACUACUACACAAUGCGUUUGCAGCAGACGUGCGAUCAAAAUGUGUACAGACAGGAAUACGAAGAAACAGAUGAAGAGAAAGUAUUUGCUAUGAAAAGCGUUGGAAAUAUAUCGGCGAGGAGCAUGACGUUUCACAAUUUAAACCAAGAUUUUAGUGACUAUCCAUCGCAAUACUUUUUAAACCCACGGUCGUCAAGUGCUACAAAAGGCUCAGUCAAAAAUGCAUGGGAUAUUGCUGAUAAAUCAAAAUAACGUUAGUAACGACAUACAUCUUUAAAUGUUUUUUUGCUUUAAAAUAUGUUUUAUUAAUAUUAUUAUUAUACACACGAUUACAAUUAAUAAAAUAUAUCGUUAACUGCAUAAAUUAAAAAAAAAAUAUUCAGUUAAGGAUUCGUUUAAGGUGCAAGGUUGGAUUAUGGACGCAUCAUUCUGUUGAUAUUUAUGUUAGAAAAGUGAUAUUUUAAAUGGGCCUAUGUAUGUACGACCAAACAAAUAUGCCUAUUAGGCAUUUACAUAAAUUUCGUCAAUCCGUUUGCAUGAACAGACGUAAUCCUCCGAGAUCUGUUAAAAACAAUGUACACGAGGGUUUUCUUUCUUGUGAAACUAUGGUCAUAUCAACCUUAUAGUCGUAUCAACCUUGUCCUGUUAAUGACGAGGUUCCUAUUUAUGUCAAAAUAAAAUUACAGUUGUGCAGUAUACAGUA